AUGCAUGGACUUAACUUUAAGAGGAUGGUAAUAAUUUGUUUUUUGAUUUGUUUCUGUUCUAUAGAUCUUCCUAGAAACCAAUUCUUCCCGCCAUCUAUGCUACCAGAAAAGGAUAAUUAGAAGAACAGCAAUUGUAAAUUGCACAUUGGGAACCUUCCUCUGCAGAUAACUGAGGAAACCUUGCAUCGAGUAUUCUCAAAAUAUGGGCAGAUAAAGGAAGUGAAGAUAAUUCGAAAAAAUAGUCAAGGGUAACCUUUGAAAGAUUAUUGCUAUGGGUUUGUUCUUAUGUGCGAUGGUGAGGGAGCAUAGAAUGCAGUUACCGAAUUGAAAUAAAAUAGUCCUUUGGGUACUACUUGGACAGUUGCAUUUAGUAAGGACAAAAAUGAUGACAUUGUAGGGACUGGCCAUCAGAAAUCUGAGAAGAUAAGGAAGAAAGAUAAAUCAAAGGAGAGAUUCAAGAAAGACAAGACCAAGCCAAAAAAGAAGAAAUCGGAAACAUCUUCAUCAUCCGAUUCUUCAAUAGCAAGAUCGGAUAAAAAACAAAAAAAAUAAAAAAAGAAGAAGCAAUCAAGUUCCUCUGAUUCAUCUUCAUCCAAAUUGCCAACCAGAAGUGCCCUUGUUAAAAUAGAAAGUAAGCCAAAUGAUAGCAAUCUUUUCGAUAUGGUGUUUUCAGGCGAACUAUAGUCCCAUUCUUUGUAUUAAUAACCAUAAUCGCAAUAUUAAAUUAAACAUAAUGUGCAUGUAAGAGAGUUAUUUAUAUCUGGUAUUCCUUAAUCUAAAACCCAAUCUGACAUCUAAAGAAUCUUCUCUCAUUAUGGAAUAGUAGAAAGAAUAGACAUAAUACCAAAAUAAAUAGCAAACUUUGCAUAUGUGAAAUUUAAGAAAUUGGAUGCCGUCAAUUAGGCAAUCCAGAACCAACAAUUUAUCACUGAUCAACUUGAUGGUUCAGGAAAUGUCAAAAUCUAUCCAUCAGAUCCCUUUAAACGAACUCAGAUCGUAGGCAAUGCUGAAGAUACUGAAAAAGAUGAAGACAUGCUGCCUAUAAUGUUUAUAGGAUUCCCCCCCAAUUAAAGUUUCACCAUUGAUGAGAAGUUCCUCAAAAAAAUGGCUUAGAAAUAUGGAGGAGAUGUCAAAGGAAUUCAAAUCUUCCAACCUUAAUCUCCAUAACUAAGAUCCUAUGUUCUUAUAGAGUUUUCCUAACUUAGAGAUUGCAAAAAGGCUAGAAGAAAGUUCUGCAGAUACAAGAUUCAAAUCCUGGGAGAUAAGAAAUGCGAUGUAGCAAUAUUAUCAAAUUAUUCCGCUAAUCCACAGAAUAAGAAAUAAGCCAAUCCUUAUAUGCCAUAUGGAAUGGAUUAUAUGGCACCCAAUUAACAGAUGCCUAUGCAUAUGAUGUCCAGAUAAUUCUAACCCUAAAUGACUAUGAUGUAACCUUAUCCAACUUAACCGUUGCCUUAAUAACAAUUCUAACAGCCUCAUUAUGGAGAUUACAAUUAAAUGCCUAUUAUGUAUCCUCAAUAGUAACAAAAUCCAUAAUAAAUGAUGUACCUUAAAACUUAGUCUCAAUUGCCUUUUUCACCUUAAUCACAAACACAGCAAUAAUUUAGGCCUCAUCAAUAAUAGCCAAUGAACACUUAUUACUAAUAAGUACAAACUCCAUAGCCAUUAAAUCAAAAUUAUACUCAAUAACAAUUCAUGGAUAUGAUCAUGCCUCCACCUUAACCAACCAAAUCUGAAGAUUCAAAUGCCACCUUUUGGAGUGGAUAUAUGAAUAGAGGCAAAUAACAUAGAGUUGGAAUUGAUGCUCGGAUGUAUAGUGCUGCCAUAGAUAGAAACAAAAUCAAUUUACCUUGUAAUCUAGAAAUGAGUUAUUUAUGUUCCUAUCAAGAUGCCUAUCAACGAGCUAUUCAAGAUUAGUCUGCUGUUCUCAUAUUUAGUCCAGCCUAAGAAUCAGAUAUUCCAAAAUUCUCAGAAUAUUUAUAGUAUUUGAGAAGCAAACAAAGAGCUGGAGUCAUUCAAACAGAUUUAUAUUCCAUUUAUGUGAUACCUCCUGGAGUACAAGAAGCACAAUAAAUAUGCAAUAUCAACUAAUAGGAAAUGAUUGCCAUUUAUUGUAAUAAGGAUUUAAAAAUAUGAAAAAUAAUCAAAAAUAUUUUAAAGUAUAAACACUAUCAAUCCCUUUUA